AUGAGUCUUCCCAUUUCUGCAAUUGGGAAGGCGUGGUAUGCAAUUGGGAAGUUUACCAAAGCCGUGAGUCUAACUUUUAACGAAAACAAAUUCAGUGGGAAACUGACAGUUGAUUUCAGCAAACUAGUGAAUCUCCAGGUUCUUAAUUUAGAUUUUAACAAUUUAAGGAGUGGGGAUUUUGACGAAACGCAUUUCCUCGAGUCGCUAACUAAUUGCAGCAGUUUGGAAGUAUUGACCAUAGUUAGCAACCAGUUUGGAGGAGUGCUUCCCGAUUUCGUAGGGAAUCUAUCAUCAAAUAUGCGUUUCUUUACCUUUGAUUCAAACCAACUGCAAGGCAGGAUUCCUCCGACCAUCGGAAACCUUGUUAACUUGUCUUUGUUAAGCUUGUUUAAUAACAGAUUCACUGGGCCGAUACCUAGUACCAUAGGUAAACUUCAAAAGUUGCAGAGACUUUCCCUUAGACUAAAUCAGCUUUCGGGUACUAUUCCAGAUUCAAUUGGGAAUCUUUCUUUGGUGAAUGAGCUCUAUUUCAGUAACAAUAACCUAGAGGGGACGAUACCAUCCAGUAUUGGCAACUGCCAAAGAUUAGUAUCAUUGCUUCUUACACAAAACAACCUGAGUGGAACCAUUCCCAAAGAACUUUUCCAAGUUUCAUCUCUAUCCAUUUUUCUCGACUUAUCUCACAAUCAUCUGUCCGGUCCACUUCCUUCAGAGAUCGGAGAACUCAAAAGUUUGGUGGCGUUGGAUAUCUCUAAUAAUAACUUGUCCGGUGAGAUUCCUGGCAGUAUAAGCAGUUGUACCAGCCUCGAAUUCCUAUUCCUGCAAGGAAACAUGCUCCAAGGAUCUAUUCCCAAGUCGAUGGAAUUCACGAGAGGACUUCAAAUCCUUGACCUGUCGAGCAAUAAUCUAUCGGGACAAAUCCCAACUUUCAUGGAGAAACUUCCCUUGAUCAACCUUAACUUGUCCUUCAAUGAUUUCAAUGGAGAAUUACCUUUACACGGGAUUUUUGCAAACUCAACUAUAAUAUCCGUGUAUGGGAACGAUAAACUAUGCGGCGGAAUACCUUCUCUACAACUUCCAAGAUGUCCUGUCAAGAAACUGAAUCGUAACUUCUUUUCAUCCAAGCGCGUCUAUGCAAUCGUGGGUGCUUCAAUACUCGGAAUACUAAUCCUAAUUUCAAGCUUGGUGUUUUACUUUCGGAAAAAGAAAAUUGAAUCCACCACUUUGGAAUUGCUGCCCAAGGAGUCUUUCGUGCAAAUAUCCUACGGCGAGCUCCUCAAUGCAACAGAUGGGUUCUCUUCCAGCAAUUUGAUUGGUGCUGGCGGUUUCGGCUUCGUCUAUAGAGGAGUUCUUGAUCAGAUCGGAGAUGUUGCGAUCAAAGUACUUAACCUUGUAAACCCAGGUGCCACGAGGAGCUUCAUUGCAGAAUGUAAAGCGUUAAAGAAUAUUAGACACCGAAACCUGGUCAAGAUCAUAACAUGUUGUUCAAGCAUUGAUUUUCAAGGUAACGAAUUUAAAGCUCUAGUUUACGAACUCAUGAAGAAUGGAAAUCUGGAGAAAUGGCUGCAUCCAUCUCAAGAAACUAGUAGGCCUGAGUUCAAUCUACUCCAGCGUUUAAGAGUUGCGAUUGAUGUGGCUUCUGCACUCGAUUACCUUCAUUAUCAGUGCGAACCCACGGUUAUUCAUUGUGAUCUGAAGCCAAGUAACAUUCUUCUUGACCAACAAAUGGUUGCACAUGUUGGAGAUUUCGGACUGGCCAGACUUUAUCAUCCAGAAAUGGGUAUUUCCCAUCACAGUAGUUCGAUGGGAGUGAUGGGCACAGUAGGAUAUGCAGCACCAGAGUACGGUCUUGGAAGUGAAAUGUCGAUGAAAGGAGAUGUUUAUAGUUACGGAAUUUUAUUGCUAGAGAUGUUAACGGGAAAGAGGCCUACUGAUUUGAUGUUUGUAGAUGGUCUUAACAUUCGUAACUUUGCUAGUCAAGCCUUGACAGGAAACAUGAUUGAGAUUGUAAUGGAUCCGAUAAUUUUAAACGUGGUUGAGAUUGUUAUUGGUCAGAGGGAUAAUUAUCUAAUCGCACUGGUGAAGAUUGGUUUGGCUUGCUCAGAAGAGCUACCCCAAAAUAGAAUGAACAUGACCGAUGUUGUUAGGGAGCUACUACAGAUCAAGAAGGCCAUGUUCAAGUAA